UUGUAUAAACGAGAUGUCUUUCGUACGUAUUUGCACUGAGAAACGGAGAGGAAAACAGCCGACGGACAUUAAUGCCUCGAUGACAGGAUUCCCCGACCCAUUUGCUGUAGCGACCAUCAACGGCGAGCAGACCAAGACGACAUCCGUUUCUAAGCGUACCCUCAAUCCUUACUGGAACGAGAGCUUCGAUUUCCGAGCAAUUGAGGAUAGCAUUCUGGCCGUACAGGUCUUCGAUCAGAAGAAAUUCAAGAAGAAGGACCAGGGCUUCCUGGGUGUCAUCAACAUCCGCAUUGGCGACGCUAUUGAACUCGCCGACGGUGCCGACGACCAGAUGCUUACCCGAGACCUCAAGAAAUCCACAGACAACCUAGUCGUCCACGGCAAGCUCAUCAUCAACCUCUCCACCAAUCUCUCCCAGCCGGCACGAGGGCAGCUGCCUCCCUCGGCAUCCUCUAGCAGACCAUCCCUGGCCACUCCCCAGGGAUCAACGCUCGGACCGGAUCGACCCAUCGAGCGGCCUACUUCGUCCGGUCCCAAUGGACUCACACCAGGAGCAUCGGCGAGUAUGCCUAUGAGGCCCAACAGCAUGACUGUGCCAGCGCCUGGGCCAGCGUCAGCGCCAGGGGCGGCGGCGGUGAACGGGAAUGGACAGCCAAGAGCGAGCAGCCAGAUGAGCCCCUUCGAAGACUCCCAGGGACGUCUACCGGCGGGCUGGGAACGGCGCGAAGACAACUUGGGACGGACGUAUUAUGUUGAUCAUAACACUCGCACCACAAGCUGGAACCGCCCGACGCAGGCCGGUGGGGGAAACGAUCGCGGCGACAGAGAGGCUGCGACGCAGGUUGAACGACAGCGUCACCAGAACCGAACCUUGCCUGAGGAUCGCACAGGGGCCAAUUCCCCCUCGCUUCAGCAGCAACAGGCCAACGCUGCUCAGAGUGCUAAUGCCGCCACUAUGAUGCACACUGGCGCUACCAGCCCCGGCACGGGAGAGUUGCCCCCUGGCUGGGAACAGAGAUGGACGCCAGAAGGCCGCCCAUACUUUGUGGAUCACAACACUCGAACCACCACGUGGGUCGAUCCUCGCCGACAGCAGUACAUCCGGAUGUACGGUGGCCACAAUAAUGCCAACGGGACCAUUCAACAGCAGCCAGUAUCCCAACUGGGACCCCUGCCUAGUGGUUGGGAAAUGCGGCUUACUAACACGGCCCGUGUUUACUUCGUAGACCACAACACCAAGACGACUACAUGGGACGAUCCGCGCCUGCCAUCGUCCUUGGACCAGAAUGUGCCGCAAUACAAGCGAGACUUUAGGAGGAAGCUGAUAUACUUCCGGUCUCAGCCUGCUAUGCGAAUCUUGUCUGGUCAGUGCCAUAUCAAGGUGCGCCGAUCCCACAUUUUCGAGGACUCCUUUGCCGAAAUCUCGCGGCAAUCUGCUACGGAUCUGAAGAAGCGCCUGAUGAUAAAGUUUGAUGGUGAAGACGGUCUGGACUACGGUGGUCUUUCCAGAGAGUUCUUCUUCCUCCUGUCCCACGAGAUGUUCAACCCCUUCUACUGCCUUUUCGAGUACUCCGCUCACGACAACUACACCCUGCAAAUCAACCCCCAUUCCGGUAUCAACCCCGAGCAUCUGAACUACUUCAAAUUUAUAGGCCGCGUCGUCGGCCUUGCCAUUUUCCACCGACGCUUCCUUGACGCCUUCUUCAUUGGUGCCCUAUACAAGAUGAUCCUGGGUAAGGCGGUGCAGUUGGCCGACAUGGAGGGUGUUGACGCGGACUUCCACCGCAGCUUGCAGUGGAUGCUCGACAACGAUAUUUCUGGUGGUAUCCUCGAGCAAACCUUCUCUACGGAGGACGAGAGAUUCGGUGUUAUGACGGUGGAAGAUUUGAAGCCUGGUGGUCGCGACAUUGAGGUUACGAACGAGAACAAAAAAGAGUACGUGGAUUUGAUGGUCAAGUGGCGCAUCGAGAAGCGUAUCGCAGAGCAGUUCCAGGCGUUCAAGGAUGGCUUCCACGAGCUAAUCCCCCACGAUCUGAUCAACGUCUUUGAUGAGCGUGAGCUCGAGUUGCUGAUUGGAGGUAUCGCCGAGAUCGACGUCGACGACUGGAAGAAGCACACCGAUUACCGUGGAUAUACUGAGAGCGACGAGGUUAUUCAGUUCUUCUGGCAGACAGUACGCACCUGGGAUGGCGAGCAGAAGAGCAGGUUACUGCAAUUUACCACGGGUACCUCACGUAUUCCGGUCAAUGGUUUCAAGGAUUUGCAAGGAAGUGAUGGCCCGAGAAGAUUUACGAUCGAGAAGGCCGGCGAACUUGGCAAUUUGCCCAAGGCUCACACUUGUUUCAACCGUCUAGACCUACCACCGUACAAGACUCUGGAAGCAUUGCAGCAGAAAAUGACUAUUGCAGUAGAGGAAACCAUGGGUUUCGGCCAGGAGUAGCGAGGUUGCGAUGUCGUAGCAUUCCCUUACUUUGUUGGCGGAACCCAUCGUGGCCCGCUCUUGUAUAUAGACAGAUCAUUGCUCAUUGUUGCGCGAGCAAAAUGUGGACGGAUACCGCAUCUUUCCUUGUUUGUUUGUUUGUUUGUUGGUUUCGGUUUUUUUUUUUUUCUUCAAC